GGUUGGGGGGUAGGAAUAGGGCUGAAAUCACAAGUCCCAUGGGAGGUACUCGGUCUACACAGGUCUGUCUCCUGGCCCUGUAUAAAAGAUGCAUAUAUAUAUAUAAAAUGGUAUUUACAAUGAAAAGAGCACUACGCUGUGACAACAACAAAAAUCAACACAACCAAAAAACUCCACUUCAAAUAACUGCAUGAUGACUAGGAAAGGCUUACUUGGUAACCGGUUUAAAGUCCCUCAAAUGUUAGAAUCUGGAAUUACCUCAUUUUCAUCAUGAUUGAGUCUCCAAAUGGUUCUUCUUCUUCUGAAGUGCUCAGGCCCGGGAAGGAGAUCACGCAAGUCCUCCUUAGAGAGGCUGGGCAGCAUGUCUCUGCUUAUAUUAGCAGCUGAAAACACAUUUAACCACACAGUUAAUAAUAAGGUAAAAAGCAACUAAUAACAUAUUUAUCUAAAUACAUAAAAUGAAAGAGUAAUGUACAUUUCUGGCUGGCUUCACAAGAUUUUCUUUAACAUUAAAAAAUGUAUUGCACUUACUUAUAAUUGAUUGAAAAAAUUGCUGUUACAAUAGGUUCAUCCAGAGUUAAAGUUAUUUUGGCCAAAUGAAAAGGCACCAGGGAAAUGAAUAAACGAGGCAUGUUGUUAGGAUAAAUCCAUAACACAAAUGUGUAAAAUCUCAUAGGCUAUAAAAGUUAUACAUUUUCAGCAUCUUUUAUAGUACAAUAAAACAAAUCUUGAUGUUUAAGAGCAAACACAGUUAAACUUAUUUUCAAAACAGUGUCUUUACCUUGAAAUCUUUAUUCAAAUAAGCAUAAUUUACGUCCCAAGCCUGCUUAUAUCCAAAGGACAGUGUAGUUUCAAUAGCCUGCACUGCACUAUCAUACAACAACGCAUUUGUAAAUGCUGUCUACAACAAAGAAGGGCGCCAAAGAUGGCUAUGCUAGUGUACAACAAAGAAGGGCGCCAAAGAUGGCUAUGCUAAAUACUUUACUGUCAGUUGUGGAAGGCUCAUUUGCUUCUUGACAUUAUUUCUGGCAAUAAAACAGUAUCAACUAAAAUGUUAACCACGAUUUGUCGAUUGUGCCGUUAUUAACAGCUUACAGUAGAUAUUAGCUAAGUUAACUAGAUAUGUAGCCAGCCUAGCUAAGUCCAACCGAUUCAAAUAAUGUAAAGCUUGCUGGAGAGGUGCAGUAUAAAAUACAAAAUUACAUUACCUUUUAAUGCUGCAGUUGCUAUAGGAUCCAAGCAUGUGAUAUCUCUUCCAUUUUCAUCCAUGGCGUAGUUUUAAUGUUCAAUCACUUGCAGAGGUUCAGUCUUCUGCCUGAAGGAAAGCUAGCCAGCAACGUCCUGAAGCUAGGUGCACCUGACCUAACACACGCCCUUAACGGACCCUCUUCGCGGUUCCCAUUGGAAGGUACCAUUUCUUAAAGAGGGGUGACAGAGAUAUUUUAUAUGUUGCAAAUAUUAGGAAUAUUAAUAACUGAUGCGGUCAUAGGUAACAUUUCAAACAUCUGUUUCUAGAUGCACAUCAUUCCACAAGUUAUUCCCCGGCAUUAUUAUGACGUGUAUAUAUAUAUAUAGGAAGACGACUCACCGGCCUCCCCCAUACAGCUAGAGAAUGUGAUAAACCCACUUCAUUAGUUAUUUUCCCCAACGUGUACAUGGCCUGCUGCAGAAACGUUUUAAUAUAGUUAACUUUUGGAAGAUUUCACGAUGCUUUGGCGGUGCGUUAUCUGCUGCGUUUUUAUAACUUUUUCACUGAAAUUAUUAUUGAGCCAUAUUAAUCGACUGCACAGUCGCAGCUCUGACUUCAGGUUGCUCUGUGGCAUUGAUGGAUGCACUGAGGAAUAUAGAGUGUACAACUCAUUCUACCAUCAUGUAAAGAGAAGACACUUUCAACAUCUUCUUGAAGACACCAGACCUGGCGACGCCACACGUGGAGAUGAAAACCGACAGGAGGAAACCCAAGGACCGCAGCAAAAAGACAACAUUCAACCCGAUCAGCUUCCAGCCGACUCCAGCAGCGAGGAUCAGAACCUUCACACACCUGACUCAGUUGAAGAGCAAAUGGGCAUCGACCAAGAUGGAGCUGUCACAGUGCACCAAAAAGGCAUGAAUGACAUUGUUGCUGGGGUACAGCAGUAUCAAUCAUCACUAUUGGACAACCUCAGGACGCAGAUGAAGGAAGUUCUAAAGAAGAAUUCAGGAAGUACAACCAAUCAACUUGGAAAAGAUGCAAUGGAUAUAUUUGACAGUUUCAUUGACCCCUUUGCUAACGUUUCAACAACAUUUCGCCAGAACAGUGUUAUUAGGAAGCAGUUUUGUUGUGUGGAUGCAGAGGAAAUUCCAAUUGCUCGAACCAUAUACAGGAAGAAACGUGGAGGAUCAACAGAUUUUGUCAUCAAAGACAAAUUAUUUUAUUAUGUACCAUUAGUCAAAAGUGUAGAGCAGUUCCUAUUACAUCCGAGGAUUUUGACUAUGAUUGAAGAGGUACCCCAGAGGUGCAGUGAAGGUUUUUUUCAUGACCUUGUUGAUGGUUCUCUUUUAAAAUCUCAUCCCUUAUUUUCAGAGAAACCAAAUGCACUGCAGAUUAUUCUGUAUACAGACGAAAUAGAGAUCUGUAAUCCACUAGGAUCCUUUUCAUCAAAGAACAAGUUGUUAAUGGUGUACUACACCCUAGGAAAUAUAAAUCCAAAUUACAGGUCUAAGCUGGCUGCUAUUAGGCUACUUGCGAUGGCUAAAUCAGCAGACCUCCGUCAAUCUGGUGUAGAUGUAAUAUUGAAUAGAAUAAAGGAAGACAUGGAUGCAUUGUACAGUGGUGUUAAAAUUCAAACUAUUAACGGGGAGAAAACAAUACAUGGUGCUAUGGUUUCUCUCUGGUGACACCCUGGCACAGCAUGAACUCGCAGGGUUCAAAGAAGGAGUGGGCUUUGCUUACUGUGAGUGUUCUUUUGAGGACAUGCAGUCACAAUUCAACGAGGAUGCAUAUAUUAAAAGAACAUUGGAGAAUCAUGUCAGACAGUGUGAUGAAAUAGAAAAGGCUAACACAGACUUGCUUCGCAACAGCCUUAGAACAACAUAUGGGAUCAAUCGAAGGAGCAAGUUAGUUGACUUCUCAUCCUUUGAUAUUAUUCGGCAAACCCCGCAAGACAUUAUGCAUGUCAUUCUUGAGGGUAUAGCUUCUCUGGAAAUUAAAUGUGUUUUGAAUCAUCUUGUUCAGUCAGGAGAGUUAAAUCUGGACUCUGUGAAUUCAGCUAUUCUUGGUUUCCCUUAUUCGCCUCUAGAUGUUAGAGAUCGACCAUCCCCAAUUUCUCCGAGUACACUGAUGUCAACUGAUGGUAAACUAAGGCAGUCAUCAGGGCAAAUGCUUGUCCUGUUGAGGAUAUUGCCAUUUGUUUUGGAACAUUUGAAAGUCAAUGCAGUUGAUAAUGGACUUAAUAGAGAUUGUUCAAAUAGUGUUUGCACCUGUUCUUACCAUUGCAACUGUGUCAAGGUUAAAGUUACUGAUUGAAAGUCAUUUGAAGCAUUGGAAGGAGCUUUUUCCAGACCACAAUGUUACACCUAAGCAGCAUUACAUGAUACAUUUGCCAUCACAGAUAGAAUCAUUGGGUCCCAUGGUCAGACAUAUGUGUAUGCGGUUCGAGUCUAAGCAUUGUUUAUUUAAGCAAUGGGCCUCCAAGCUCAAUUUUAAAAAUGUAUGCAAGUCUUUGAUUAAUCAGAACCAAAUAUAUGAAAGCUGCCAAAAUGUUGACCCUUCCAAGCACCCAAUUUUUUCAAAUGAAAAGGAGAUGGGUCCUGUAUCUGAGGUUAGAGAUCUACAAUAUUUACAUGGGAAAUUGAGGGACUUCCUAGGUUUUAGUGAAAUUAACCAUGCUGUAUCAGUGAAAUGGCUUGUGAUAAAUGGUAAUAAAUACAUUACUGAGAAGUCCUUGAUCCUUGCCAAUGUACUAAAUGGUAAUACACCCGAAUUUGGACUUGUCAAAAGCAUAUUUCUUGUUGAUUCUAAGCUUUAUUGUUUGGAAUAUCAGCCUUUUCAGUCCAUAUGCUUUGAUAGAAAUGUUAUGGCUUAUCAAGUUGAGGUCCCACACCUUGCACAGGCCACUGAGUUAGUGGAUGCUGAAAAGCUGGUUGAUUUUACCUCUUAUUACACAAUCAGCAGAAAGGGCCAAACCUAUGUACAAGUGAAAUACUAUCUUGGGGAUGUAAUGGAAUUGCACAACAGUUCAAAUGACUCAUAGUGUGUUUCUUUGAUAUGAUGAUGUUGAAACAUUUAAAGCAAACUUAGCAGGUUUAAAUGUAGGACUAAGGUCCUGACUUAGGAUAUGUUAUUAGCAGAUUCAAAUGUUAGCUGUUUGGAUUCCAGAUGCGUUUUGCAUUAUAGUUUGCAGUGUACCUAAAUCAUCUGUAUCUUUGUAUAAUACUGGGUCUUUCUUUCAGGUUGUUUUAAAUGUUAAUUACAUAACAUGUUAUCAGCCAUUUAGGUGUUUAUCACAAUGCUGUUUAUGUUUGCUAAAUGCCCUUGGCCUGAAUAAUGUUACCUACUUUAACUUUUCAAAUGAGAUGUUUGCACAUAUUGCUCAAUCACUUUAGCUUGCUGAAGAAUAAUACAUGCUGAAAAGAAUGUUCUUAAUGCAGUAGUUUGACUUGGCUGGUGCUGUUAUUUCUGUAUACUGCAUUUCAUAUAUGGACAUACUUAAUUGAUGUACUGGGUUUUAGAGCGACAAUAAAACAAUGAAUUUCA